CAAAUUACGACACUCCCUACCGAUUACAAUUUUUAUUAGCAAAUCCUUUUCCUUGCGAGUUGUGUGUCUCUCAGAGAAAUUCUGUCAAAUCCCCAUUUUCAAAGAAAAAGAUAACUUAUAUGAAUUAAUAACACCACUGAAACCAAUUUGCGAAAGCAAUGGAUAGAGAGAUGCUCAGGACGAAAUGGGUUGCCACAGUUGCAAGCAUCUGGAUACAGAGCAGUUGCGGUGCAUCCUACACCUUCGGUAUCUACUCUUCCAUUCUCAAAUCCAGUCAAGGCUACGACCAAUCAACGCUCGACACCGUUUCUGUCUUCAAGGAUAUCGGCGCCAACUUCGGCAUCCUUUCUGGCCUCCUUUAUUCCGCUGUCACUCUCGAUCCUUACAGUCGCCAUCUGGGAGUCUUCAGCGGGCCAUGGGUUGUUCAUGCGGCUGGCGCGAUUCAAUGCUUCCUUGGCUAUUUUGUGAUGUGGGCUUCCGUCGUCGGUUUGAUUCCCCGGUUACCGGUGCCGGUUAUGUGUUUAUUCAUGUGGUUGGCGGCUCACGCGCAGACGUUCUUUAACACGGCGAACGUCGUGAGCGGUGUCCAUAAUUUCGGCGACUAUGGUGGGACUAUUGUUGGCAUCAUGAAGGGAUUUCUUGGUUUGAGCGGAGCAAUGCUUAUCCAAUUCUAUGAGACAGUAUGUGAGGGUCAUCCCAGCACUUACAUUCUACUACUUGCACUGACACCAACAAUAAUCACUCUUUUGCUUAUGAAUUUGGUAAGAAACUAUGACACAAACACAAAAGAUGACAAGAAACGCUUGAAUGCUUUCUCUGCUGUUGCAAUGAUCAUUGCUGCUUAUCUCACAGUCAAUAUAUUGUUAAGGGACAUCUUCACUAUGCCAUUAUGGGCACGCAUAAUUAUGUUUGAACUCUUGCUGCUUCUUCUUGCCUCACCCCUUGGAGUUGCUAUCAGAGCUUUGAGAGAAAGCUCUGAUAGAUAUGCACAAGCACUAUUAGAAGAGAGGGGUUACAAACCAAAACCAGCAACUUCCUCCGAUAUUUCUACAUCAGAAGAUCCUAUAGAUUAUCAUGCACUGCCUAGUGGUGAGAGUCAGCCAAAAGCUGCUUCUAGUGACAGCAGUUUAUCAGAUGAAGACAACUUAAAUCUCUUGCAAGCAUUGCGGACUGGAAACUUCUGGUUAUUAUUUAUUGCAAUGAUUUGUGGAAUGGGAUCUGGGCUUGCAACAAUAAAUAACAUCAGUCAAGUAGGAGAAUCUCUUGGUUACUCGACAAUUGAAAGAAAUUCUUUAGUUUCAUUAUGGAGUAUAUGGAAUUUUCUUGGCCGGUUUGGAGCUGGUUUUGUAUCUGAUAUUUUCUUGCACAGAGGUGGCUUUGCUAGGCCAUUAUUUAUGGCUAUUACUUUAGCAACUUUAGCAACUGGCCAUAUAGUUAUUGCGUCCGGUUUUCCUAAAAAUUUAUAUCUAGGUUCAGUUCUCGUGGGAAUUUCAUAUGGUUCACAAUGGUCAUUGAUGCCCACUAUUACUUCUGAGAUAUUUGGUGUAGGGCAUAUGGGUACUAUAUUCAACACCAUUGCCCUAGCAAGUCCUCUCGGAUCAUAUAUUUUCUCUGUAAGGGUCAUUGGGUAUAUUUAUGAUAAGGCAGCAACUGGUGAAGAUAACACAUGUUUUGGAACUCGCUGUUUCAUGUUGUCUUUUCUUAUAAUGGCAGCUGUUGCUUUCUUUGGCGUUCUUGUUGCUCUUGCAUUGUUCUUAAGGACAAGGAGGUUUUAUCAGGUGGUUGUGCUUAAACGGUUAAGGCAUUCUUAAAUGCCAUUUUUAUGUAAAUGAGUGAGUUUGUAUAAAUCCAUCAUCCAUGUAUAAGAUGCUCUGCUUUUUUUUUUUUUUCCCUUCGUGUUGAAUGGCUUGUUUAUGUUUAUCUUUCACAAUCUCAUAAUAUCAUUGUAGCUACUGUUGUACCCUUUUUGAUGUUCUUGAUGAGAGGAAUUGCAUAAGCUGUAAUUGUUUUUAACAA